GAAUUGCAUAUAGCAUCCAUUGCAUGAACCAGCUUCCAAGACGGACAGUCACUCUGCUGCUCUCCGCUGACAAACGUCGGUUUUAACAUUGUUUUAACGGAUUUAAAGCUGUUUUAUCUCUCGUGUUUUACGUGUUGCUAGCUGUUAACCAUGCCAUCCAGGACUUCCCUGAUUUUACCAGAGGAUGUCAGAAAAAGGCUGCAGGUGUUGGAUAAAGAUGGAUCUACAGAUGAGGAUCAAGUGAAAGAGAAGCUUAAGUUGGUUCAGGAAUUCCUCCAUGUUGAUGCUCAGGAGCAGUUGAGCAGCCUUGAGGAAAAAAUGAAAAGUUCCGAGAUCUCAAUGGAUGUCUACAUCUCUAAAGUAAAAGCCUUGCUGGGAAAAGAGCUUCCACUGGAGAAUGGCUCAAAUGUUGAUGGAGCUGAACAGAAUGGAAAAGCUAAUGGCUUCACAAAUGGUUCCCACAACGAAGAGGACAGUGGAGAUGUGACAAUGGAGGAAGGAGGAGCUUUAAAAUCACCAACUGCUUCCAAAGGAAAGGGAGGACGCCGGAGUAAGACAAAUUCCGACACCAAAACCAGUACCAGGGUUACAAGAAAUGCUGGCAAACAGCCCACCAUCAUGUCAAUGUUCUCUAAAGUUCAAAAGCGCAAGUCUGAAGACUUGAAUGGAGAAGCUACUAAUGGACAAACUGAAGUGAAUAAAGAGGAUGAGGACGUUGAGGAGGCUCGGGAGGAGAAACGUCUCAAAGUGGAGCCUGAUGAAAAUGCUGCUCCAACAGAAUCCAAGACUGAGAUUAUAAAGCCGGUUUCUGCUGCAAAGACCCCACCUCCCAAGUGUACCGACUGCAGACAGUAUUUGGAUGACUCGGAUCUCAAGUUUUUUCAGGGCGAUCCUGAUAAUGCGCUGGAUGAACCAGAAAUGUUGACAGAUGAACGCCUCUCCCUUUUUGACUCUAAUGAGGACGGAUUUGAGAGCUAUGAGGAUCUGCCACAGCACAAGAUCACAAACUUCAGUGUGUACGACAAGCGUGGCCACCUUUGUCCAUUUGACUCUGGACUGAUUGAGAAAAAUGUGGAGCUCUACUUCAGCUGUGUUGUUAAACCAAUCUAUGAUGACAACCCCUGCUUGGAUGGUGGUGUUCCUGCCAAGAAACUGGGGCCUAUCAAUGCCUGGUGGAUCACUGGUUUUGAUGGUGGAGAAAAAGCCUUAAUAGGUUUCACUACAGCUUUUGCUGAUUACAUCCUGAUGCAUUCGAGCGAAGAGUACGCACCCAUCUUUGCAGUGAUGCAGGAGAAGAUCUAUAUGAGCAAGAUCGUGGUGGAGUUCCUCCAGAAGAAUCGUGAUGCUUCUUAUGAAGACCUUCUCAAUAAGAUCGAGACCACUGUGCCUCCUGCAGGACUAAACUUCAACUGUUUUACUGAAGACACACUGCUGCGCCAUGCCCAGUUUGUGGUGGAGCAGGUGGAGAGCUACGACGAGGCUGGCGACUCGGACGAGCAGCCCAUCAUUGUUACUCCCUGCAUGAGGGACCUCAUCAAGCUUGCAGGAGUCACCCUUGGAAAGAGGAGAGCUGCCAGGAGACAGGCUAUUCGUCACCCCACAAAGAUCGAGAAGGACAGUAAGGGACCAACCAAAGCUACAACUACCAAGCUGGUGUACCAGAUCUUUGAUACCUUCUUCUCCGAUCAGAUAGAGCAAAACGGUAAAGACAGUGGUGCAGCCAAAAGACAGCGCUGUGGUGUCUGUGAGGUUUGCCAAUCACCUGACUGUGGCAAAUGUGCAGCCUGUAAGGACAUGAUCAAGUUUGGGGGAGGUGGAAAAAGCAAGCAGGCUUGUAAGCAAAGAAGAUGCCCAAAUCUUGCAGUUAAGGAGGCUGAAGACGAUGAGAUCGUUGAAGAGGAAGAUGUUCCGAUAGAGAAGCCCAAAAAAAUUUCUCAUGCUAAGAGGAAGAAGCAGAGCCAGUGCAAACUGGCAUGGAUCGGAGAGUCUAUUAAGACUGAGGGGAAGAGGCAGUACUACAAGAAGGUCUGUGUGAACGAUGAAGAGCUGGAGUUGGGCGACUGCGUCUCAGUUUCAUCAGAGGAUCCAAGUACCCCUCUGUUUCUGGCAAGGAUCACAUCUCUGUGGGAAGACAACAAUGGAAAGAUGUUCCACGCCCACUGGUUCCUUCGCGGGACUUGCACAGUACUGGGAGAAUCCUCUGAUCCGCUGGAGCUAGUCAUCGUGGACGAAUGUGAAGACAUGCAGCUCAAUUAUGUUCAAGGCAAAGUGAAUGUUACGUAUAAGGCCCCGUCCAACAACUGGUUUAUGGAGGGUGGCAUGGAUGAAGAUAUUAAGGUGAUUGAUGACGAUGGGAAGAGUUUCUUCUAUCAGUUCUGGUAUGACACAGACUUUGCCCGCUUUGUGACACCUCCCAAGACCACACCAUCAGAAGACUGCAAGUUCAACUUCUGUGGCAGCUGUGUUAGAACUAAAGAAAGAGAAGAGCGGAAAACACCUCGUGCAUGUGAACCCCUGGAAGACAAAGACAGCGACUCCAAAGCUCUGUAUGCUUUGGCCUGCUUCAAGGGGCAGCAGUUCAAGGUUGGAGACAGUGUCUACCUGCCCCCUGAUGCUUUUAAUUUCAGUGUGAAGCCAGCAAGUCCAGUGAAGCGCUCCCAUAGAAAAGAAGAUGUGGAUGAAGACUUGUAUCCUGAAUACUACAGGAAGUCCUCAGACUACAUCAAAGGGUCAAACCUGGAUGCUCCAGAGCCCUUCCGCAUCGGCCGCAUCAAGGAGAUUUUCUGCCACAGACGUAGCAACGGAAAACCUGACUCUACAGAGGUCAAACUGAGACUCUACAAGUUGUACAGACCUGAGAACACUCACAAAGGUGUUAAGGCCAGUUACCACACAGACAUCAAUCAGCUGUACUGGAGCGACGAAGAAGUGACCGUGAGCAUGACUGAGGUGCUCGGUCGCUGUCAGGUAGAAUACGGAGAAGACCUGUAUGAAUCAGUCCAGGACUUUUCCAGUGGUGGACCGGACCGCUUCUAUUUCCUGGAGGCAUAUAAUGCAAAAACCAAAAGCUUUGAAGACCCUCCAAAUCAUGCUCGCUCUGCAGUUCAUAAAGGCAAAGGAAAGGGCAAGGGGAAAGGUAAAGGCAAAGGAAAGGCGUCAGCUACACAGGAACCACAGGACUCUCAGACUGAACCACAGAUUCUUAAAGUGCCUAAAUAUCGCACACUGGAUGUGUUCUCUGGCUGUGGCGGACUCUCUGAAGGCUUCCAUCAGGCUGGUGUCUCUGAGACUCUGUGGGCCAUAGAGAUGUGGGAACCUGCAGCCCAGGCCUUCAGGCUCAACAACCCUGGCACUACAGUGUUCACUGAGGACUGCAACAUCCUGCUCAAGUUGGUCAUGUCUGGAGAGAAGACGAAUUCUCUCGGCCAGAAGCUGCCUCAGAAGGGGGAUGUAGAGAUGCUGUGCGGAGGACCUCCCUGCCAAGGCUUCAGUGGGAUGAACCGCUUCAACUCUCGCACUUACUCUGCGUUCAAGAACUCGCUCGUGGUCUCUUAUCUCAGUUACUGUGAUUACUACAGACCCAAGUUCUUUCUCCUGGAGAAUGUGAGGAAUUUUGUUUCAUUCAAAAGCUCCAUGGUCCUGAAGCUGACUCUACGCUGUCUAGUGCGCAUGGGCUACCAGUGUACUUUUGGUGUUCUUCAGGCUGGUCAGUAUGGUGUUGCUCAGACUCGGCGCAGGGCGAUCAUUCUUGCUGCUGCACCUGGAGAGGAGCUGCCUCGCUAUCCUGAGCCGCUGCACGUGUUUGCUCCCCGAGCUUGUUCUCUCAACGUUGUGGUGGACGAAAAGAAAUACGUCAGCAAUGUCACACGAGGUAAUGGAGGAAUCUACAGAACCAUCACUGUCAGGGACACGAUGUCUGACCUGCCAGAGAUCCGUAAUGGUGCUGCUGCGUUGGAGAUCUCCUACAACGGGGAGCCUCAGUCCUGGUUCCAGAGGCAGAUUAGAGGCACACAGUAUCAGCCAAUCCUCAGAGAUCAUAUGUGCAAGGACAUGAGUGCCCUGGUUGAAGGUCGGAUGCGUCACAUUCCCUUGGCUCCAGGUUCCGAUUGGAGGGAUCUGCCCAACAUGGAGGUUCGGCUGAGAGAUGGCACCAUGACUAAGAAAUUGCGAUACUCACACCCCGACAAAAAGAAUGGGCGCAGCAGCACGGGUGCACUUAGAGGAGUUUGCACUUGUUCAGGAGGGAAGCCAUGUGACCCUGCUGACAGGCAGUUUAACACCCUGAUCCCUUGGUGUCUGCCCCACACUGGAAACCGCCACAACCACUGGGCUGGACUCUACGGCAGAUUGGAGUGGGACGGCUUCUUCAGCACAACCGUCACUAACCCUGAACCAAUGGGCAAGCAGGGUCGCGUUCUGCAUCCUGAGCAGCACAGAGUGGUCAGUGUGAGGGAGUGUGCACGCUCACAGGGAUUCCCCGACACUUACCGCUUCUUUGGAAACGUCCUGGACAAACACAGACAGGUUGGAAACGCUGUGCCCCCUCCUCUCUCCAGAGCCAUCGGCCUCGAGAUCAGAAAGUGUAUCUUGGAGAGGAUAAAGGAAGAACAAGCAACAGAAAACGUCAAACAAGAGAAGAUGGAGGAGGUGUGAUUAAUUCCCCUCCUAACACAAAUCCUGAUGUUCCCGUCGGCCAAUCAUUCCUUUUAAAUAAGAUGGCUUUCAACUGUGUCACUAAGUGGCCGCCAUGUGCCAUUCCAUGUUUAUUUAAAGUUUUUAAUGUGAUUUCAUCAUGAUGUUGGGAAGUUCUCACUAAAUGUGGGGCAACUGUAUGUAGUUUUUAAUGUUUCAAAUAAAGCUCUUAUGAAUUAA